CGGAGUUCCGGAGAAAGCGAGAGGGUGGCCGGAGCAUGGCGGACCAGAUCCCUCUGUACCCGGUGCGCAGCGCAGCGGCGGCCGUAGCCAGCCACAAACGCGCGGCCUAUUACAGCGCCGCGGGGCCCGGGCCGGGGGCCGACCGUCGCGGCAGGUACCAGCUGGAGGAUGAGUCCGCCCAUUUAGAUGAAAUGCCACUAAUGAUGUCUGAAGAAGGUUUUGAGAAUGAUGAAAGUGAUUACCACACACUACCACGAGCUAGGAUAGCACGAAGAAAAAGAGGGUUGGAAUGGUUUGUCUGUGGUGGAUGGAAGUUCCUCUGUACCAGUUGCUGUGAUUGGCUGAUAAGUGUUUGUCAAAGAAAGAAAGAAUUGAAAGCUCGCACAGUAUGGCUGGGAUGUCCCGAGAAAUGUGAAGAAAAGCAUCCCAGAAAUGCCAUAAAAAAUCAGAAAUACAAUGUGUUUACCUUUAUACCUGGGGUUUUAUAUGAACAGUUCAAGUUUUUCUUGAAUCUCUAUUUUCUGGUUGUAUCCUGCUCACAGUUUGUGCCAGCAUUGAAAAUAGGCUACCUCUACACCUACUGGGCUCCUCUGGGAUUUGUCUUGGCUGUUACUAUCACACGUGAAGCAAUUGAUGAAUUUCGGCGUUUUCAGCGAGACAAGGAUGUGAAUUCACAGCUAUAUAGCAAGCUUACAGUAAGAGGUAAAGUGCAAGUUAAGAGUUCAGACAUACAAGUUGGAGACCUCAUCAUAGUGGAAAAGAAUCAAAGAAUUCCAUCAGAUAUGGUAUUUCUUAGAACUUCAGAGAAAGCAGGUUCGUGUUUUAUUCGAACGGACCAGCUAGAUGGUGAGACCGACUGGAAGCUGAAGGUAGCAGUGAGCUGUACCCAACGACUGCCGGCCCUGGGGGACCUUUUUUCUAUCAGUGCUUAUGUUUAUGCUCAGAAGCCACAACAAGAUAUUCACAGUUUUGAAGGAACAUUUACCAGGGAAGACAGUGACCCUCCCAUUCAUGAAAGUCUCAGCAUAGAAAACACACUGUGGGCAAGCACCAUUGUUGCGUCAGGUACUGUAAUAGGUGUUGUCAUUUAUACUGGAAAAGAGACUCGAAGUGUAAUGAACACAUCCAAUCCAAAAAAUAAGGUUGGUUUGUUGGACCUCGAGCUCAAUCAGCUGACAAAGGCACUAUUUCUGGCCUUAGUUGUUCUUUCUGUUGUUAUGGUAACCUUGCAAGGAUUUGCAGGCCCAUGGUACCGCAAUCUUUUCCGGUUCCUUCUUCUUUUUUCCUACAUCAUUCCUAUAAGUCUACGUGUGAAUUUGGAUAUGGGUAAAGCAGCAUAUGGAUGGAUGAUUAUGAAAGAUGAGAAUAUUCCUGGUACAGUUGUUCGGACCAGCACAAUACCAGAGGAACUGGGGCGCCUGGUGUACUUACUGACAGACAAAACAGGGACUCUCACUCAGAAUGAAAUGGUAUUUAAGCGGCUCCAUCUGGGCACUGUUUCCUAUGGAAUGGACACGAUGGAUGAAAUCCAGAGCCAUGUGCUGAAUUCCUACUCACAGGUAUACUCUCAAGCAAGUGGAAGCAACCCCAGCUCAGUUCCACUGAGAAGAACCCAGUCUUCAACUCCUAAAGUUAAAAAAAGUGUCAGCAGUCGAAUCCACGAAGCAGUGAAAGCCAUUGCUCUGUGUCACAACGUCACUCCUGUGUACGAGUUUCGGGCUGGAACCACGGGAGAGACUGAGUUUGCCGAAGCAGAUCAAGACUUCAGUGACGAGAACCGCACCUACCAGGCGUCUAGCCCCGAUGAGGUCGCGCUGGUACGGUGGACAGAGAGUGUCGGGCUCACUCUGGUCAGCAGGGACCUCACCUCCAUGCAGCUGAAGACACCUGGCGGCCAGGUCCUGACCUACUGCAUCCUGCAGAUAUUUCCCUUCACUUCCGAGAGCAAACGGAUGGGCAUCAUCGUCAGGGAUGAGUCCACAGCAGAAAUCACGUUUUAUAUGAAAGGUGCUGAUGUAGCAAUGUCCACCAUUGUCCAGUAUAAUGAUUGGCUGGAAGAAGAGUGUGGAAACAUGGCACGGGAGGGGCUGCGGACCCUCGUGGUGGCAAAGAGGACUCUGACGGAAGAGCAGUACCAGGAUUUUGAGAGCCGAUACAGUCAGGCCAAGUUGAGCAUCCACGACAGGACCCUCAAAGUGGCUGCAGUGGUGGAGAGCCUGGAGAGGGAAAUGGAGCUGCUGUGCCUCACUGGGGUGGAGGACCAGCUGCAGGCCGACGUAAGGCCCACGCUGGAGAUGCUGCGGAAUGCUGGGAUCAAGAUAUGGAUGCUCACAGGCGAUAAGCUUGAGACAGCAACUUGCAUUGCCAAAAGUUCACACUUGGUGUCUAGGACACAAGACAUUCAUAUUUUCAGACCAGUUACCAGUCGAGGAGAGGCCCAUUUGGAGCUGAAUGCCUUUAGAAGGAAACACGAUUGUGCACUGGUCAUAUCUGGGGACUCUCUGGAGGUCUGCCUGAGGUACUAUGAACAUGAACUUGUGGAACUGGCCUGCCAAUGCCCUGCCGUAGUCUGUUGCCGCUGCUCACCCACCCAGAAGGCCCAUAUCGUGACCUUGCUGCGCCAGCACACUGGGAAGCGUACCUGUGCCAUUGGUGAUGGAGGAAAUGAUGUCAGCAUGAUCCAGGCAGCAGACUGUGGGAUCGGGAUUGAAGGGAAGGAGGGCAAGCAGGCCUCACUGGCAGCAGACUUCUCCAUCACGCAGUUCCGACACGUUGGCAGGCUGCUCAUGGUGCACGGGCGGAACAGCUACAAGCGGUCUGCAGCACUUGGCCAGUUCGUCAUGCACAGGGGCCUCAUCAUCUCUACCAUGCAGGCUGUGUUUUCAUCAGUAUUCUACUUUGCAUCCGUCCCUCUAUACCAAGGAUUCCUCAUGGUAGGGUAUGCAACUAUCUACACCAUGUUCCCAGUGUUCUCGUUAGUACUAGACCAAGAUGUGAAGCCAGAAAUGGCGAUUCUCUACCCAGAGUUAUACAAGGACCUCACCAAGGGGAGAUCCCUGUCCUUCAAGACAUUCCUCAUCUGGGUUUUAAUCAGCAUUUACCAAGGAGGCAUCCUCAUGUACGGGGCCCUGUUGCUCUUCGAGGCAGAGUUUGUCCACGUCGUGGCCAUCUCCUUCACAGCCCUGAUCCUGACCGAGCUGCUUAUGGUGGCUCUCACCAUCCGGACGUGGCACUGGCUGAUGGUCGUGGCAGAGUUCCUCAGUUUGGGCUGCUAUGUGGCCUCACUAGCUUUUCUAAACGAGUAUUUUGGUAUAGGCAGAGUAUCUCUUGGCGCUUUCUUAGAUGUUGCCUUCAUCACAACUGUGACUUUCUUGUGGAAAGUGUCGGCUAUCACUGUAGUCAGCUGUCUUCCACUCUAUGUGCUCAAGUACUUGAAACGAAAGCUGUCCCCUCCCAGCUACUCCAAGCUGUCCUCCUGAGAGUGACAUGAGCCUGGGUAGAGACGCCCCUGUGCUGGGCAGUGUGAGGAGCGGGUGCUCACUCGGCUGGGCCCAGCUUUCCUCGCGGGCAUCCAUGCUGAAGCAGGCCAUUUCCUACCACAUCAGCGACCGCUUCGCCGCGCCGCCCAGUGUCUGUCAUCCGAGCGCGGACGGUGCUUUCCUUUGAUGGUGAACCCCACGGAGAACACUGUUCCUGCCUGGACAGUGAAUGCUGCCACCGGAGAUGCCAUGCCUGCACGUGCCACCGCUCCUCAGUAGAUGGCGGAUCUGCACAUCGACCCUCUGCCCCAGGCACACUCCUCUUCAGAUGCAGUUUGGCUUCCCAGUGGGCACCCCAGUCAUGAUCCCCUGCACCGAGACCAAGCUCUUCACAUGCACACACACACAAGCCCAGGUGGCCGAGCAGUGACAUUCCUCAACAUAAUCCCAUUGCAGCUAUGAAUGUAAGCCAUUCCUCAAAGGCAUUGCUGUUAGCUAACAUGUUUUUAAAUCCCACCCUUUUUUAUUUGUAAAGUCACAUGCGGAACAGUUUCUGUGCAUAGCAAUCAGCUGUCCUGUACGGCUCCCAUCACCAACCAAGAUGCUUCUGCUGAGCAACGGGUUUCUCUGGUCCACUUGGGCUAACCCCCACUCACACCAGGCUCUGCUGUGGGCUGCACCGAGGUGUCUUGAGAUCCCACCCCUUGGAGAGGCCUGGAGCUCCCACGGGGCCUGCCGGGUGCAGUGUUCUUCCCAUGUGUCAUGUGGCAGUGCCUCCCAGUGCUGUGGGGCAUGGGCCUGUUCUUGGCUGCAGACCUGGCCUGUUGGAGAAGCUCUUCACACCCUGUAAAGCAAGAUGUUGGAGUGUUCUUAGUCUCGGGGUUUCAUAGGUGCCCAUGGUCCGCUUGACUUCCCAGCUACGAUGGGCCCUACCACUCAGAAAUCCUUGGGGCAGGCCAGGCGGAGUGGGACACGGGAUGGUCCUGACAGGCCAUGGGCCUGGGGCACGACCCUCCACCCAGGCUCCUUACAGGACAGACUCUUCAGCCCCAAAUAAAGCUGCUUUCUUUCUCAUA